AUGGCGCAAUUAACCAGUAUAGAUAGACUCGGCGAAAUCAUGAAUCAGUUCAAGAAAAACAUAAUUGUAGAAGUUAUCAGGACCUUGCGAGAGCACGUCAACUGGCAGGUCGAAACACAGCGAUACGCGCUUCUCGAUCGCAUCUUUCCCUUCGUCAGCGAUUGGCAGGGCCCGCCUCCGAAUCUCCGAGACAUCUUUCGACCCGAAGAGAUCGACCGUCUCCUCCUGGACGCCGUGGAUUACUGGGGUCUGAAUCCGAGCGACGAGAAAGCCGUGACCUUCGUCGGCUUCGUGUUCAACAGCGGCUACAGGGACGAGCUCGACGGCCAGCUCGACGAGGCGGGCAGACCCACGCUGAGACGCACCACGGCGCUGCAUCGGGCCGCCCGACGCCGACUGAUCCGCAAAGUGAGCCGCGAGGACUCGCUGAUCAAGUGGCUGUUCGGCAUCUACAACAGAUUCGACCUGAAUUACGUGGACGAGUCGGGCCUGAGUCACUUUCACGUGGCCUGCCUCACCGACAGCACCCUCGUCGUGAACACGUUCCUGGAGCACGACCACGAUCCGAAUGUCUGCUGGCCGGAAAACGACGACUCGCCGCUUCACCUCGCCCUCGGCACCUGGGACGACAGGAGCAUCAACAGGGAGAUGGUCGAGCUGCUGCUGAUAACGGGCGCGGAUCCGAACGCGGCCAACAAGCAGGGGAUCAGACCUCUGCUGCUCUGCGUGGGUCAUCGCACUCGCGGCCCGGAUUUCUUGCAGUCGAUGUUCCGCUUCAGCCAACGGACGGUGGAGAUCGACGCGCCGGACGAGUCCGGCGACACGGCGUUGCACUGGGCUCUGCGCUGCGGCCACGGGACGGUGGCGAAAUUUCUGCUGCGCAAGGGCGCGAAUCCGAACGUCAGCAACAAGCGGGGCUUGACUCCGCUGCACGUCAUCAGCGAGGUGGACGACACCGGCCAUUUGACGGAGACGUUCUUCGUGACUUGCGAUCAACUCGGUCGAGAGGUGGAUAUCGACGCCCACGACAAAUUUUCUAGGUCGCCUCUAAAUUUAGCCGUGGCGAACAUCAGGCCCGACGUGGUCGAGCGUCUCUUGUGUCGUGGCGCUGAAUUGAAGAAUUUCGUUUUCCCCAAAUCGGGUAACUUUGGUUACUCGCAAGGUAAGAUAUUGGAACAAGAGAAAAGCGAGACGCAGCAUGAUUUUCGAUUGAGAAUAACCGCCGGCGUUAUGGCCAUCGUCGAGCAUCUCAAAGCAGAAGGAUUCCAAUUGGAGAAGGCGCAUGUGGAAACAAUAAAGACAUUGGUGGACAAGUACCAAUUGUACGACAGUAGCGCGAGGCGCGACAGACUCUGGUACAGACAGGAAAGCUUCGCGAAAGUUGCGAAAAAAAUAAGCUUGCAUCGGGAUACGACGCUUUACGGUCUGCUCAAAUUAGAUUCCAAACGGGCGGCCGAACGACUCCGAUUUGCCCACUUGUACAAGCUCGCGUGCUUGAAAACGUUCUGUAAACUUCUCGACGAGCACAAAGAGGCUUUUAUCGCACAUCUGUGGAAGAAGAUUUUCCCGAAGAUGUGGGAAAGCGAGAGCAAAGAUCAAUAA